GCAAGUGGUGAUCUGGGAAGCCCUUUGUACUGGGCCUGGUUGCCUCAGCUCAGGCUUCCUCAUCUCUCUGCUCCAGCUCACCCUCAACUAUUGUGACCAUGUGAGGGAGGAAGUAUUAGGGCUGGAGAGUAAGCGGCAUUCAGAGCCUUACUGAAUGGAUUAGAUGCAGUAGGGUCCUUGGGCUGAGGGUUCUCAGCGAGGAUCCCUGUGACCAGGGGCCUGAUGCCAUCCUGUGGUUCCUUUGGCUGUAGCUACCCAGGCCCUGGCUGUUCUCCCUCAAGGAUGGUGAGGUGGUUCCACAGGGACCUGAGCGGACUGGAGGCUGAGUCCUUACUCAAGGGACGAGGAGUUCAUGGAAGUUUCUUGGCUAGACCCAGUCGAAAGAACCAGGGAGAUUUCUCUCUUUCGGUCAGGGUAGGUGACCAGGUGACGCACAUCCGUAUCCAGAACACUGGGGAUUAUUAUGAUCUCUAUGGAGGGGAGAAGUUUGCCACGCUCUCUGAACUCGUGGAGUACUACACACAGCAGCAGGGUUCACUACAGGAUAAAGAUGGGACUGUAAUAGACCUGAGGUAUCCACUGAAUUGCUCCGAUCCCACUGCAGAGAGAUGGUACCAUGGGCAUCUGUCUGGCCCUGCAGCUGAGUCUCUGCUCCAGUCCAAGGCUGUGCCCUGGACUUUCCUGGUGCGGGAGAGCCUCAGCAAACCUGGUGACUUUGUCCUGUCUGUCCUGACUGACCAACCCAAAGCUGAGGUGCCACCGACUGGGGCUGCUGGUGCCUCUGGGGCCCGACUCAAGGUCACCCAUGUCAAGAUCAUGUGUGAGAAUGGGAGGUACACAGUCGGAGGUGCUGAGAGGUUCGACAGCUUGGCAGACCUGGUGGAGCAUUUCAAGAAGACUGGAAUCGAGGAGGUGUCUGGAUCCUACGUGUACCUGAGACAGCCCUAUUAUGCCACCAGAGUGAACGCGGCAGACAUUGAGAGCAGAGUGCAUGAGCUGAACAAGCAGAGCCCGGCUGAGGAGAUGUCCAAGGCUGGCUUCUGGGAGGAGUUUGAUAGCCUGCAGAAACAGGAAGCUAAGCACCUUUAUGACCGGCAUGAGGGGCAGAGACCUGAGAACAAGGGGAAGAACCGGUACAAAAACAUCUUGCCCUUUGAUCAUUCACGAGUCAUCCUACAAGGCAGGGACCCAAAUAUCCUCGGAGCGGAUUAUAUCAAUGCCAACUACAUCAAGAACAAGCUGAUCAGCCCGGAUGAAGUCACUAAGACAUACAUCGCCAGCCAGGGCUGCCUGGACGCUACUGUCAACGACUUCUGGCAGAUGGUUUGGCAGGAAAACUCCCACAUCAUUGUGAUGACGACCCGGGAGGUGGAGAAAGGGAGGAACAAGUGCGUCCCCUACUGGCCAGAGGUGGGCAGCAGCAGAGAGUACGGGCCAUAUGUGGUGGAGAAUACACAGGAGCGCGACGCCCUGGAGUACAAGCUGCGGCAGCUCUGUAUAUCGCCAGUUGAUGAUUGCGAGGCUGUGCGUGAGAUCUGGCAGUACCAGUACCUGAGCUGGCCCGACCACGGAGUCCCCAGUGAGCCUGGAGGGGUGCUCAGCUUCCUGGACCAAAUCAACCAGCAACAAGAGAGCAUCCCCGAGGCUGGGCCCAUCGUGGUGCAUUGCAGCGCUGGGAUUGGCCGCACCGGGACCAUCAUCGUCAUCGAUAUGAUAGUGGAUACAAUCUCCACCAAGGGGCUGGACUGUGACAUAGACAUCCAGAAGACCAUCCAGAUGGUAAGGGCCCAGCGCUCGGGAAUGGUGCAGACUGAGGCCCAGUAUAAAUUCAUCUACAUGGCCAUCUGCCAGUUCAUAGAGACCACCAAGAAGAAGCUGGAUGUCAUGCAGGCUCAGAAGGGGCAAGCGAAGGAGUCCGAAUACGGGAACAUUGCGUACCCGCCUGCGCUGAAGAACAAGCAUGCCAAGGCCUCUCGGAAGUCCUCCAAGCAGAAGGAGGAACCAACACUGUAUGAGAACUUAGAGAACCUCAAAGGCAAGAAAGAGGAGCGAGUGCGGAAGCAGCGCUCGUCUGAGAAGGAGAAGCUGAAGGGCUCGCUGAAGAAAAAGUGACUUUCUGCUGCAGCUCCCCUCAGCUAUGGAAGAUGCCCUGUCCUAGGCCGUGGUGACUGGGAUUCCCCCUGCAGUCCUUGCACACUCAACCCAGUAGGCACGUCCAACCUGUUCUGCUUUCUGGCCUGCUGCUUGUUCUCUUCAGAUAAUAAAUAGCCCCUUUUCUCUGCUCCUGGCCACUACCGGUGCAGGGUCAGCUCCAGCUCCGUUUGUCCUUCACAAGCCCUUCCUAUGGGAGAGAGGCCCCCACGGGGGUUAACUUCCACACUGGCAUGAGACUAGCAGCUCUUGCUAAGUCAGCUGCUGUUUGACACUGGCCCUUUGGACUCCUGCCGUUCAACCCGGUCCUGCUCUCCCUGGAUCCAAGGAAAAAUUCUCUCUGGGCCUGGUGCCUGUACCAACAGCCCCUCUGCCUUGCAGAUCCACUUGCCUCCUUAUGGUGCUGUAUAUACUUGUGGAUUUGAUGCGCUGGUUUUGCUUCCCUUUGUAAAUAAACCAGGGGUUCAGUUUGA